GUUUUGUUUUGAAGCUCCUUAUCCGAAUUGAUCAAAUAAUUCAGGUUUUGGCCUAUAUAUCAUCUUGUUGAUUUCCAGCUCUAGAUGUUUGGGGCUCUGAAAAAAAAUGAAAUUACUACAUCUAGGCCCACUAGGCCCAAUUAUUGGUUGGUUUAGUCUCACGCGCCACCACGUUUCCGUUAUUAAAUCCCUAAUAUUCCGUUGAGCUGGUAGCAAAUUUAGCCAAUGUCGUCGUCCACAGCUUCCGCUACCACCGGCAUGAAAGGGAAAAAGCCGUCGAUAGAAAUAGCGACCUCGAAUCCUUCACUUCCAGAAGAUUUGGUAGUGAGCUGCUUAGCUCGUGUGUCGAGAUUGUAUUACCCGACUCUCUCCUUAGUCUCCAAGAGCUUCCGCUCCUUGAUUGCUUCACCAGAUCUCUACAAGACUCGAUCUCUGUUAGGUCGCACCGAGAGUUGUCUCUAUCUGUGCUUACGAUACUCUCCUGAAGAUAACCCUCGCUGGUUCACUCUCUGCCGAAAACCUAAUCGAAGAACCCUAAGCAAGGAGAAGAAUGAGUCAAGUGGCAAUCUUCUGGUUCCGAUCCCAAUCAUCAACUCUCCUCCUCUGGAAUGGUCUAGCAUCGUCGCUGUUGGUUCACAUCUCUACGCCAUUAACGGACCUAUCGAAGAUGCUCCAUGCUCUAACGUCUCCUUCCUUGACUGUCGAUCUCACACUUGGCUCGAAGCUCCAAGCAUGCGAGUGGCUCACACCAAUAGCCAACUUGAUGGGAAGAUGUAUUUAGCAGGAAGCUCCGAGAAUGUAGAUUCUUUGAACUGUAUUCAAGUGUUCAGCACAAAGACACAAACUUGGAAGCCUGUGCCGUUCCAAAAGCGGAUAUUCGGAGUCGGAGAUCUGGAAGGAAAGAUUUAUACGAUCUGUAGGACAGAGUGUGGACAGGGUGUGACUAUAAAGCCAAAGGAUUUAACAUGUGACGUGGUAGGAUUUUGUGGGGAGAAGGAUUGGUCUUCUGUUUGUAUGAUAGGGAACAUAGUCUAUUUUUAUAGACCCAAUGGGGAGUUUCUAUGGAUAUACUCUGGAAAAGGGGAAUCGGCUAGGAGAAAUCUAAAGGGUUUAGAAGGGUUACCUAAGUUUGAUGAUUAUGCUAGUGUUAAAUUGGUGGAUUAUGGUGGUAAGUUGAUGGUUUUGUGGGACACUUAUGUCCCUGAAAGUGAGUCUAAGGAGAAGAUGAUUUGGUGCGCAGAGAUUUCGCUUCAAAAAAAGUGCAACAAUGAAGAGAUUUGGGGGACGGUCGAGUGGUUCGACGCUGUGCUUACAGUCCCUGAGGAUUGUAAAUUCGUGCGUGCUAUUGCUGCUACUGUUUGAUUUAUGACUCAUGAGGCAGGUUUGAAUGUUAUGACUCAGGUUAAAAUCGCUUUCUUUUUCAAGUACGUCACACUUGAAGGAAUGUCUUGUGUUGUUUGGCGGGAUGCAAAAUCUGCACUCAUUUACUCUGUAGAUGAUUAAGCUUGUUUUGUGACUGUCUCUUUUGAGAAAAAAAAAAAAAAACAUUUUCUCAAACUCUUUCUGCCAUAGCUUAGUGAUGGACACUCUUGAGAUAAGCGGGUAUUGUAGUUUUUGUUCUGAUGGUAUUUCUGAUUCAUUUGUAUAAUGUGUUAGCUUAUUUUGGGACAGUGACUGACUGACUGUGAAGAUGUAUUUGAACACUCUUUUGUAUGGGUUGCAUAGAAGGAAGACUACGGUUCUCUUUAGGUUCAUGACUCAUGAGAAUUAACUUUUGCAAGAUACAAAGUUAGUGCUUGUUUGUCCAGUGUACAUUCACAUUUAUGUAACUAAAAUGACCUAGUUGCAAGAAAAAACAGAGGUUUGUAUUAUAAGGCAAGGCUUAUGUUCAUGUCCUGUAAACUAAAG